AUGGCGCGUGGCGGCCGCGACCGCCUCCUGGGGCUCGCCCUGGGGCUGCUGCUGGCGCUGGCGCUGGCGCCCGGGGCGCUGCGGGCCAAACCCACGGUGCGCAAGGAGCGCGUGGUGCGGCCCGACUCGGAGCUGGGCGAGCGGCCGGCCGAGGACAACCAGAGCUUCCAGUACGACCACGAGGCCUUCCUGGGCAAAGAGGACUCCAAGACCUUCGACCAGCUCACCUCGGAGGAGAGCAAGGAGAGGCUGGGGAAGAUUGUUGACCGAAUUGACAGUGAUGGGGAUGGCUUUGUUACUACUGAGGAGCUGAAAACUUGGAUCAAGCGAGUGCAGAGAAGAUACAUCUACGAUAAUGUCGCUAAAGUCUGGAAGGAUUAUGAUCGGGACAAAGAUGAUAAAAUUUCCUGGGAAGAAUACAAACAAGCCACCUAUGGUUACUACCUAGGAAACCCUGAAGAGUUUCAAGAUCCUUUAGAUCAUAACACCUUUAAAAAGAUGCUGCCACGUGAUGAGAGAAGGUUCAAGGCUGCAGACCUCGAUGGUGACCAGAUAGCCACUCGGGAGGAGUUCACUGCCUUUUUGCACCCUGAGGAGUUUGAGCAUAUGAAAGAAAUUGUGGUUUUGGAAACUCUGGAGGACAUCGACAAGAAUGGGGAUGGGUUUCUGGAUCAGGACGAGUAUAUUGCGGAUAUGUUUUCCCACGAGGAGAACGGCCCUGAGCCUGACUGGGUUGUGUCAGAACGGGAGCAGUUUAAUGAGUUCCGGGAUCUGAACAAGGAUGGGAAGUUGGACAAAGAUGAGAUUCGCCACUGGAUCCUCCCUCAGGACUAUGACCAUGCUCAGGCCGAGGCCAGGCACCUGGUGUAUGAGUCAGACAAAAACAAGGAUGAAAAGCUAACUAAAGAGGAGAUAUUAGACAACUGGAACAUGUUUGUCGGAAGCCAAGCUACCAAUUAUGGGGAAGAUCUCACAAAAAAUCAUGAUGAGCUUUGA